UUUUUUGCUGUAAUAUUUAUUUCUGGAUGAUUUUUUUCAUUCGUUUUUCCUGAGGAGAGAGCCAGGGGAGCAGCAGUGCUGGUGGCUCAUGUGCAAAAGCAGGGAAAUGUGAAGCCACGUGGUGUCUGUGCCCCUUUCCCCCCAAUCUGUUUGGGAAAGUCAGUUUGGAUGUGUCAGCACUGGCACACACAGAACAGCCUGGUGAGUGGGUGCUGGCUCCAGCUGGUGCUGUGUGUCACAGGGAGAGACCCUGUGAAAAUGUGUUCCCAGCCAGGACCCGAAAUCCUGCUCAAAACCAGGGCAAUAAAUCCAGCAAGGACCUGGUGGGAAAUAAGGCCCAGAGCCCCAGCAGCUCAUCUUUCAGGUUCUGGGUAUAGAAAUCUCAUCUUUCUGCACUCAAACAGGACAGGAUUUGGAGCUGGCUGCUGUUUUGGUUACUGCAAGGGGGUGAUCCCAGGUGGGUGCAGCUCUGCAGGUUUUGGCAGUGUCUCUGGCAGAGCAGGGUGCUGUGCCUGCUGCCCUGAGCUGUGCUGGCCCUGGGGCUGAGCUGGAGCCGUGUUUGUAGGUCAGGCUGUGCAGAGAAGUGUGUCACAGCAGAGCUGCACAGAGCACAGCAAACCACACAAAAACCCAACCCAGAGGGGUCCUGUGCUGGGAGAGGCAGAUGGCAGAGAAUUCCAGAAGGUUUACUGCCACUUCUCAGGAUGUUUUGUUUGUGGAAGGGCAGGGUGAUGAAGGUACAAAGCUGUAGUGAUUUUCUCAGCCUAGAACUGAUCCAAGGGUCCCCAGCAGCUGAUUCUGGGCCUGGAAUCCCUGCCUGAGGCUGACCCAGAGAGUCUCUCACUUGCACAGGGGAGCAAAAAUAGAGAAGCCACCAAAAUGCCAGAAUGGCAGAGAUGAUUCAGCUCUUGCCUUUCUAUUUCUCUUUCAUUUCAGCAGUAUUGGAAAAUACGUGCUGGCAAUGGCAGCCUCCAUUCCAGCUUCACGUGAGGGUUCUCUGGCUGCUCUCAGGAACUAUUUACCCUGAAAUGAAUGAGAAUCAUGGAACAGGGACAGGGCAGCAGGGCACUGGCUCCUGCCUUCCUUUGGGCACUGGCUGGCACAUUCCUGGUGGUGACAGCCAGUCCUUCCCUGGGCUGCAGGGUAAACCUACAAAAGGAUUUGCAGGAUAAACCUACGAAAGGAUUUUCAUGUCCAGAAAAUAUCCAUCGUUUCAUAUGCAGAAAGGAGAUGUCAGCUUUAUUCUGAGAGACGUGGAGCAGGUCAGGCUGAAUCCAGAGAGCAGAUGUGGCACUGCUCCAGCAGAACCUCUCCCCAUGUGCAGCACCCAGGGGCAAGGAUUCCGAUCUGGAGUAGAGGGUCUGUGUUUUAGCACCAAACUUCUCUGAUUCUGUUGUAUUAAAAACAUGUGAUUGCUUUGGGGGCAGAGUUAACACCUGCGAACAUCGUGGCUCAGAUGUCAGAGGCUCGACCCCCAAACCACCGGAAAGAUUCGUGACAGGUGAAAACAUGAAGCUUAGCCCUCUCCCCACGCUUGCUCUUCCUUUUCAGGCUCAGAUAUCAGAGCCUUGAACCCCAAACCACCAGAAAAAUUCGUGACUUAGGUGAAAACACGAAGGGACUCAGCCUUUCCUCUGACCUUUAACUGGCUGCCAGUCCUUGGCGUCCCGCCUCAGGGGACACAGUGGCACAUGUGUCACCUCUGCUGCUCUUUUCAGAUGGAGAUGAAGGUGUUGCUGGGCCUGACCCUGCUGCUGACAUGUCUGGAGCGGUGCAGCUGGGCUGCAGGGGUGUUCAUGGAGCCCCAGCUCCGAGCUAGGGCCGGAGACUCGGUGCUGCUGCGCUGCCUCUUCCUAGACCCCGACGGCAAGGGGGGCACCCUGCACAAAGUGGACUGGCUGCGCAAGGCAGGAGAUGGCACUCAGGAGGAGAUGGUGUUUUACUACUACAGCAGGCACGGCGUGCCCGUGGGGCGCUUCAAGAGCCGGGCGCAGUGGCAGGGGGACGUGUCCCGCCGGGACGGCUCCAUCCGCCUGCACGACCUGCGGCUCAACGACAGCGGCACCUACGAGUGCGAGCUGCGGCUGCUGGAGGACAGCAGCAUCUUCAGGAGCCAGACGGAGCUGCUGGUCAGCUUGGAGCCCAGAGGACGAGGAGCAGCGGGUCCCGAGGAUGCUGCGCUCCCCAGAGACUCCGGGUUGUGGCCGGCCGUGGUGGGCUGUGGCUGUGUGGCCGUGGUGGUGGCGUUCCUGGCCGGGCUGUGCGUGAGGAAGAGGUUUGCAAACAUCACAGCCCUGGAGACGAUGGGGAAGAGCAGCGACAAGAGCAAAGCAGAGGAAGCAAUUUACUCCUCAAUCCCUGGAGCUGAGGUACCCAAGGCUGAGCAGGAAGCAAAGAAGAAGAGGAGAGCUGAGGACAGCACGUACAUAACCAUGCACCCAUCUCACUGCCGGGACAACGGCGUCUACGUGGAGCUGGCCAAGAGGACGAUCCCGACGGAAUGGAUGGCAGAGGGGACACAAGGGGAUGGACAGAGCCAGGAGCCCCACAGCAGGCCAGAGGAGGCACUUCCCCGGCCUCCAGAGUGGCAGAAAUAGCUGUGCUGUGGCAUGGCAGCCCCUUGUCCGCUGUGUCCAAGACACUUCUGUCUCUCCGAGGACUCAGAGCUGGUGACACGUCACUGUGUGCCCUGUGCCAGGGCACUGCGGGGGCACAGCCCGCCCCAGCUGUCUGCAGGGGACCAGGGGACACGUGUCCCUCUGCUUCUUGCCCCCUGGACUCUGGAGAGAGUGGGCACAGCCUCAAGCUCCAGCUUUGAUCCUGGCCCAGGAUAAGAAUCUCCAGCGGGGGAGAUGCAGCAAGAGCCGUCCCGGUAUUUUUCUGUAGAUAAUAAAACUCAGGGAGUCUUCCCUGGUGCUGUCUUCAUUUCACCUCCUGCCUAAGCAUGUGAUGUCCAAGUGUUCCAAAAUCUGCCUGGCCCAGGGAUUCCCUGAACCCACGGGACACCUGCCAGCCCUGCUGGCUCCAGGCGGGACCAAAGCCAAACGGGACAAACAAGGGGUCCCUCGGCAGCAGGAUGGGCACUGAGGGG